GAGGUCGUUCGGAAGGUGGAUGUCUUGGUGCUGGACUGGAAGGCUCCGCCCAAGCAGGGGCCGAAGGACACUAGCGUCCUCCUGGGUCAGCGUGAGAGCGAAAAGAGCGUGGUUUGGGGCUCCCGAGAGCAGCUGCUCACCAAGUUCCCAGCCUCCGUUUGGGAUGUCUGCAUUUGCUCGAGCACGGCGCGGCUGGUAUUAGACUUGGCCGGGCAACUCAAGGUGAAACGCCGGCUAGCCCUGCAGCACGACUACAACCUUCCCUUGGGACCCUGGGGUCAAGAGCAGACGCCUGACCAGCUGAAGGAACACCGAAGUCUCCUGAAGGGAUUCGAGCUGCUCUGCGCGUCCCAGCACCUAGUGGACUUCGUCGAGAAAUGGGGCGAGGGCGACUUUCGCGCGAGAAAUGAGGCUCCCCGCCAAAUGCAGGCCCAGGCUCGCAGCACUGCCGCCAGCAGCGCGGCUUCGAUGACCCAGGAGGCCGGCCAGCUGCACAUGGCAGCAGCCGGUGGCAGCGCCGCGGUCAUGGGUGCAGUGGCAGCCCUGGGGCCUCGACGUGCAGCAGCCAAGCGCAGCCGCCAAAUAGUGGCCACGCGCGCAGCGAAGCAGGAGGCUCUCGAUGGACUCUCGGAGCUCGUGGGCUUGGCAGAGCAGCUCGUUCAUCGGCCAGGGCCGCAGCAGCUCUUCCUCUUGGUGCAGCAGCUGCAGGCGUUUGCCUCCGCAGAGCUGCGCCGUGGCGCAGAACUUUCGGCCCCUGCAGCCAGGGCCUUCGAAGAGGUAGUGCAAGGCGCCAGUGAGGCGCUGGUCAGCAGUGCCGACAAGCAGCUGAAAUGGGCAGCCGGCGCUGCAGCAUCGCUGCUGCUGACAUUCAGCGUUACCCUGCAGCCUGCCUUUGCAGCGGAUGUAGUCAAUUACUCCGAUUUCAUGGAGUCCGUCAACCGCGGGGAUGUUGAGAUGGUGCGCGUCCAGGACGAUCAGCUCUCCGCGCAGUACACCACCAAGGAUGGUGCUCGCAAAGAGGUGAACUUGAUCCCCAACGCGCAGAUUGAAGAUCAGUUGUUCAACAUUCUCGCACAGAAGAAGGUGGAUGUAGUGAUGCAAACUCCCGGAGCUAACUCCGGCGGGCCUCUGGACUUUCUCGCACGCUUCGCGAGUCCCAUCGCUUGGCUCAUCGCAGGUUUGCUCUUCCUCUUCGGAGGAGCCGGCAUGGGAGGGCCAGCCGGACCCGGUGGCCCGGGAGGGAACCCUUUCGAGCUUGGCAAGUCCAAGGCCAGAAUCAUCAAGGAUGGGGACACGAAGGUCAAGUUCGCAGACGUGGCUGGCUGCGAUG